CCAUAUAAGUGAGUCAUCCCAACAAGCGGUCGGUAAUUUUUUAGAAGAGGAAAAAGCAAGAACUGUUCCACGGGGACAGAAGCAAUUCAAGAAAAAAAAGUGCCGCCACAAAGCGCCUCUUUAAAGUUGAGAACAAAACGCUUUUGCAUCUGCGUGAGUCAUUCGCAAAUCGGCAACUCACUGGUGUUCGGAGAGAACCCCGGAUUUGGCUUUGGAAAAGGGAUUCCGUUCGCCAAUUUACUCAGAAGUGCUGAGCGUUGCACGGGAGACAUUGUGAGCACCGGAGUUCUUAUCCUCAACUGAAAUCUCCCUCUCUCCUGGAUCAUGUACCAGGACUACUCCGGGAACUACGAUACGUCCUCCCGCGGCAGUAGCAUUUCACCGGCCCAGCAAGAGUCCUUCACUAGCGGGAGCAGCACUAUCGGCAGUCCGAUUUCUACCUCAAGCUACCAGAAGUACAGGGUGGAGAUGCCUGGCUCCAACAGUGCCUUCAUCCCCACCAUAAACGCCAUCACCACCAGCCAGGACCUUCAGUGGAUGGUGCAGCCCACGGUCAUCACCUCCAUGUCCAACCCGUACUCGCGCUCCCACCCGUACGGGCUGCCCGUCUCCAGCGCCGCAGGGCUGCUGGGCCACACGGCUCUGGCCCGGCCCGGCGUCAUACGCUCCAUCGGGGACGCGCGCGGACGCCGCAAGAGGGACGAGCAGCUGACCCCGGAGGAGGAGGAGAAGCGGCGUGUGAGGCGCGAGAGGAACAAGCUGGCCGCCGCCAAGUGCCGCAACCGCCGGAGAGAGCUGACCGACCUGCUGCAGGGGGAGACAGAGAAGCUGGAGGAGGAGAAGGCGGACCUGCAGAAGGAGAUCGAGACCCUGCAGAAGGAGAAGGACAAGCUGGAGUUCAUGCUGGUGGCGCACAACCCCGUGUGCAAGCUGCCCCUGGAGGACCGGCACCAGCAGUGCGCGCCGCUCUCCCUGUCCAUGCGCUCCGGCCUGGGGCCCCGCGGCAUCCUCACCUCCCUGAACCCCGUGGUGGUGAAGCAGGAGCCCCCGGAGGAGGACCGCGAGGCCCAGCGCUCCGUCAUCAAGCCCAUCUGCCUGGGCGGGUCGGUGGGCGUGUACGGCGUGGACGGCGACAGCCUCAACACCCCCGUGGUGGCCGCCUCCACGCCCGCCUCCACGCCCAGCGCGCCCAGCCUCAUCUUCACCUACCCCAGCAUGCUGGAGCCCGAGAGCCCCUCGCCCUCCUCCGAGUCCUGCUCCAAGGCCCACCGGCGGAGCAGCAGCAGCGGGGACCAGUCCUCCGAUUCCCUCAACUCCCCGACCCUGCUGGCCCUCUGAGCGUAACAACCCGUCCUCUCCCCAAAUCUCCCAACCCCCCC